UUUGAUUAGUUUUGUUCAAAAAAGUUGUUAUACAACACUCGUGCAAGAUUAAUUUUCUUGUGGAUUACUUCUUGUCAUCGAAAUGGUUUUGUUAAACAUACUGGCCCGGGGAUUACGCCAGCAUUCGAGAGAAAUAGCUUCAUACCCCAGUGGAAUCGCUUGUCUCAAAACAAACAGACAAACACGAUGGCUACCGGUAACUCGGCACCUCUGCUCAAAACCUUCCGAUUCCAAAACUGAAAGUACUAACUCAGACGAAUUCAAAGUGUACUACGGAAUAUUAACACCCCAAAUUCGAGCGGUCAAAGUUUUUUCGUUGACCACCAGUCUUGGCGGAAUCAUCGCACAGCCUGUUCUCAUGGAACAAGCCAGUAAGAUCGGCGGAACAUCGGUGGUCUUAGCGGUCUGCGGUAUUGCAGGAUUCUUCACAUUUGUCACUCCUUUCCUAUUGCACAUGGUUACAAAGAAGUAUGUAACAGAAUUGCAUUACGAUGUUGUUAAGCAAGAAUACACGGCCAGCAUUAUAACAUUCUUGUUGCAGAAACAGCAGAUCAAGUUUAAGCUGGAAGACGUGAACAUUCCCGAAGUACCCGGCAUGUUCACUACGUUCGAGGUCAAAGGUAAAUCUUUGUUUGUUGAUCCGAAAUUGUUCCCAGAUCCAACGCACUAUAUCAAAAUAAUGGGUUACGACAAGCCAAUCGAUUUCAAAUUUGAAGAAGCUCGACAGAAUGCUGAAGAGAGCUCGAGAAAAAAGUGAUGCGGCUACCUAGAAUAAAGGUGAUGUUCAUGUUU